AUGUUUCCCUUCACCCCCACCCUUACCCCCACCGCCACCCCUACAGACGAUUCAGAUGCCCAGUGUGACCACUCCGACAACUUCGUCCAAUGCGGCGGUCUUGCUGCUACGAUCAUUCUGGCGGUCGUUUUUCUCCCGUGCUACACGGCGAUUUUGUGGUGUGCUCUCUGCUCCAUCGUUUUAUGUGUGCGUAGCGCACUCCGCGCUAUAUGUACUGUGCUCUUCGGUAGAGCUUUGAAUGUGCAACUAGAAUCCAUGGAGGACGACGGGGUACAUGAAGGAGGUGGAACGUCAAUCCCUCUAGUGUUCUGCGGGACUUGGAUGAGACCUCCCUCACCAACCCAGGAAGCCGUGAGCAUGGAUCAGUCUGAAUGGUCAAGUGUUCAGCCUGUAUCGGUGUCUGUCAGCUCUCAGGUUACAUCUAAAUCCGCUCUUGGAAUGGGCACGUCUGAAUCUGCGGUAUCUGCUGAUGCCUCUACACGGGUCUUUCCCAACGAUUCCAAGUCUUCUUCGUCAAUUCUGAAUUCCCCAGAAGCCGCAAUGGUCGCCGUGAUGAUCCGGAUGCCUUCUCCCGUUCUCCGGUGUUGUAUGGAUAGAGAGUGCCCUUCAUAUAGCCGCGCUACAUCAGAUCAUGCCCUGUCAGAGUAUCAGAUCGGCGUAGCACAGGUUCAUCUCAGCACACGGAUGCAGUCGCUCUGUGAACGGCUUCAGUAUGUCCUUUGGGAAAGAAGUCUUGUUGGAUCCCGAAAACAAGCAUGA